CUCAGACUCCGAACCCACCGCUACACUUUAUCUCUCUUCCUUCCCUGCUGCCCCAACAUCGACUGCAACGAGCUGUGCUCUCAGUCUGCCGCCCAUCUCCCACUUCUCGACUCCCGACUAGCAAUCAAGCAACUCCAAGCACCACAGCCGCCGCCAUGAACGAGGUCGACAAGGAAUACGACGUCCUGGUGCUGGGCACCGGCUUGACCGAAUGCAUUCUUUCUGGUGUUCUGAGUGCACAGGGCAAGAAAGUCCUCCACCUCGACCGCAACCCCUACUACGGCGGUGAGGCCGCCUCCGUGAACCUCAAGACUCUGUACCAGAAGUACCCUGUCGCCAACGCCGGGCCAGAGCCAUGGACCAAGUUCGGCCCCCUGCACGCCUGGAACAUUGACCUGAUCCCCAAGUUCCUCAUGGCCACGGGCGAGCUCAUCAAGGCCAUCGUCCAGACCAAGGUGUACCCGGACUACGUCAAGUUCACCUUGGUUGCCGGGAGCUACGUCCAGCAGGGCAAGUCCAACAUUGCCAAGGUCCCUUCAUCUGCCGGCGAGGCCGCCAUGUCUUCGCUUCUGGGCUUCAACCAGAAGCGCUACACGAAGAGCUUCCUCGAGUGGCUUGUUGCUUUCAAGGCGGAUGACCCGAAGACUUACAAGGGCUUCCAGUUCGACACGGACCCGAAGGCCAACCAGGUCACUAUGGCGCAAGUCUAUGAGAAGUUCGGCCUGGACGCCAACACCAGGGAAUUCGUAGGCCAUGGUAUGGCUCUGUACUCGGCGGACGAUGAAUACAUCGACGACCCCUCGAAGACCCUCGAGACCAUCGAGCGCAUCCGGCUGUACGGCUUUAGUGUGAAGGAGUACAAGAGCUCGCCCUACCUCUACCCCGAGUUCGGCCUGGGCGAGCUCCCUCAGAGCUUUGCCCGCCUGUCGGCUGUCUACGGCGGCACCUACAUGCUCAACACCAACGUCGAUGAGAUCCUCUACGAGGACGGCAAGGCUGUGGGCAUCAAGGCCACCAUGUCGGGCUUCGAGCCCGAGAUGAAGUUCGAGACCAGGGCCAAGCUCAUCCUCGGUGACCCGACGUACUUCCCGGACAGGGUCAAGUUCACCAAGAAGGUCCUGCGCGCCAUUUGCGUGCUCGACCACCCCAUCAACGGCACCAACAACAGCGACUCGUGCCAGAUCAUUAUCCCGCAGUCGCAGAUCGGCCGCAAGCAUGACAUUUACAUCGCGUGCAUCUCCUAUGUUCAACGUGUUUGCCCCAAGGGCUACUACGUCGCCAUCGUGUCUACCAUCGCCGAGAUGGAGGCCAACCCCCAAGAGGAGCUGAAGCCUGGCCUCGAACGCCUCGGCAAGAUCGAGGAGAUGUUCAUGGGCCCCGCCAUCCCACUCUACGAGCCGCUCGAGGAUGGCAAGAAGGACGGAAUCUUCAUCUCCAAGAGCUACGAUGCAUCAAGCCACUUCGAGAGCACCACCGACGACGUCAGGGAUAUCUACAAGCGUGCCAUGGGUGAGGAUCUGGUCCUCAAUGGCUUGAGGGGUCCCCUCGAGAUUGCUCAGUAACAAGUAACCGCUUUUCAGGCUGGUUUUCUCUCUGUAUUGUCAUCGUCCUCUUCCUAGGACACUCUUAUCUCGUCGCGCUGGUUUCCGUUGUUGAAACGAAGGUCGAUCUUGUGAAGUUAGCUUCGUACUACCCGCCUUUGAGCGAGCAAGGAUAUCACCCCGUUUCAACAAUAUCCUCGACCGUAUCUGCCCAUACAGUAUACAAAUUUUCAGACUUGGUGUACAACCGACACCCAUUACUUCCGCAGGUUAUUGUUACCAACUGGAGUGACUGGUGGAUUUUUGGUUAUGAUGGGCGGCCCACAGGGUUUUUUUUCCCCUGCUAUAGUUACAUUACUCGUCAUCACCAGGCCCGUUGCCUGGCCGUGCCAACCGGCGGGCCACCUAGGAAGAUGCGGGAGACACAUCUAUAUCUUUAUGUAAAAGAUUAUACUUGAAUCCUGCCGCAUUCGGCUUGUCCCCUCGUGGUCUACCUAAGUUUUGCACCAACGCCUGCCCGUACCGAGGAUUCAACACUUGUCG